UUGCAAGCUCCCUAAAAACCCAAUGGCCAUAUAUCUCCCUUGAUCCAUUUUAUCUCCUUUGAGUCACACUCUCUGUUUCUCAUCUCCUAAUCCAUUUUAUCUCCUUUGAUCCACAUGGCUUCAACCGCCGCAAGUCGCGCCUUUUCCUUCUUUAAGUCCACCGGCGGCGUAGCUUCCUCCGACGCAACUCGUGCACGCGCCUCUCUCUUGCCAAUUCCCUCUACCUCUGUAUCCGCGCGUCCUCUUGGCUUCUCCGCCACUCUCGAUUCCCGUCGUUUCUCCCUCCACGUUGCUUCCAAGGUUGAAUCAGUGCGGGGGAAGGGGAGCAAAGGAGUGGUUUCUAUGGCGAAGAAGAGCGUCGGAGAUCUGACCUCAGCUGAUUUAAAGGGGAAGAAGGUUUUCGUGAGAGCUGAUCUCAAUGUACCUCUCGAUGAUAACCAGACUAUCACCGAUGAUACCAGAAUCCGUGCAGCUAUUCCAACAAUCAAGUAUUUGAUUGAAAAUGGUGCUAAAGUCAUCCUCUCCACUCAUCUGGGAAGGCCAAAGGGAGUCACACCAAAGUUCAGUUUGGCUCCCCUUGUCCCUAGGCUCUCCGAGCUUCUUGGUAUUCAGGUCACCAAAGCUGAUGAUUGUAUCGGUCCGGAAGUGGAAAGCCUUGUCGCUUCUCUUCCUGAAGGUGGAGUUUUGCUUCUUGAGAACGUCAGGUUUUACAAGGAGGAAGAAAAGAACGAUCCUGAGUUUGCCAAGAAGCUUGCUGCAUUAGCUGACCUCUAUGUUAAUGAUGCUUUCGGAACUGCUCACAGAGCUCAUGCUUCUACCGAAGGAGUCACUAAGUUCUUGAAGCCUUCAGUUGCUGGUUUCCUUCUGCAGAAGGAGCUGGACUACCUUGUUGGUGCUGUUUCAAACCCAAAGAGACCAUUUGCAGCCAUAGUGGGUGGAUCCAAGGUCUCGUCCAAAAUUGGAGUUAUUGAAUCGCUUCUGGAGAAGUGUGAUAUCCUUCUUCUUGGUGGUGGAAUGAUCUUUACAUUCUACAAGGCACAAGGUCUUUCAGUUGGUUCCUCCCUUGUUGAAGAAGACAAACUUGAAUUGGCUACAGAACUCCUUGCCAAAGCUAAGGCCAAAGGAGUCUCUCUUUUGUUGCCAACAGAUGUUGUGGUUGCUGACAAAUUUGCUCCUGAUGCAAACAGCAAGAUCGUGCCUGCAUCAGGCAUUGAGGACGGAUGGAUGGGAUUGGACAUCGGUCCAGACUCUAUUAAAACUUUCAAUGAAGCUCUGGACACAACACAAACAGUUAUUUGGAAUGGACCUAUGGGAGUUUUCGAGAUGGAAAAGUUUGCGGCUGGAACAGAGGCGGUAGCCAAUAAACUAGCUGAGCUAAGUGGAAAGGGUGUGACAACGAUAAUAGGAGGAGGAGACUCAGUGGCUGCUGUCGAGAAAGUAGGAGUAGCAGGAGUCAUGAGUCACAUCUCCACUGGUGGUGGAGCCAGCUUGGAGCUGUUGGAAGGCAAAGUACUUCCCGGUGUUGUCGCCCUUGAUGAAGCGAUCCCAGUCACCGUUUAGAAACUCUUUUCAUUGACGAGGCAAACAAUGUGUACUUGCAGAGUUUCUUUCACUGUAAAGUAUAAAUCUACCUAUUCAACUCUUGACUUUUGAAUUUGUAUCAGAGAGUGAGAGACUCAUUUCUCGGAAAA